AGUAUCGACAGCGACCUUGGAUUACCUCAAGGCGGACGGCCCUCCCUGAAUCCGCAAACUCCUCCUGCACACCUACCUACCUACCUACCUCCCGACGACACGGCGCGCGACGACGAUAUCGCGAAACUCCCGAAACGAAAAUGGCACCGAGCGAGCCUAUGCUGCCCGCCGCGCUGGCACCACCCGAGCAUUAUGACCGUCCCCCGAGGAGGUCAUUCUCAAGCACCGACAGGCUGAGCGCCUCGGUUGCGUCUACAAACAGGUCGAGGUCGACGGUGCGGUCAUCUGGAUGGCAGGCAAAGAUGGGGCUGGGCGGUGUUGCGAGGCGGACGCUAGGCAUUUCGCUGCUGCUUGUGACAGUGCUGUUGUGGACGAUAUCCAACUUUUUGGCAUCUUACAUCUUUUCAGAUCAUUCUUACGACAAGCCAUUCUUUGUGGUGUAUAUGAAUACGUCAGUCUUUGCGGUGUCACUGAUACCGAUGUUGGUGCGGUUCCUGAUGCAGCACGGCGUCGAGGGUCUACGACGUGAGGCAAUGGUGGUCUGGAACGAGCAGAGGUACGGCAAGGACCUCAAGACGGCCGAGGACGAGGAAGACACGGUGGCCGGAGAGCGCCUGCUGGUGGACGACGAGCCGAACCUGGAGAUGGAAGGGUUCGAGACGACGACGAGGGUGGAGCGGCUCACGUUCCGGGAGACGGCCGUCAUCAGCCUUGAGUUCUGCAUGCUGUGGUUCUUUGCAAACUACUUUGCGUCGGCGUGUCUCGAGUACACGAGCGUCGGGAGCGUGACGAUCCUCAACUCGACGAGCAGCGUGUGGACGCUCGUCUUCUGCGCCGUGAUGGGGGUCGAAGGGUUCACGGCGCGCAAGCUGAUUGGCGUGCUGGCGUCGCUGACGGGCAUCGUGCUGAUAUCGACGGUGGACCUGUCCGGGUCGAGCGACGAGAACCGCGGGUCGUUCCCGCACAAGACGACGGGGCAGAUUGCCAUUGGGGACCUGAUGGCGUUUGUGAGCGCCAUCAUCUACGGACUCUACGUGACUGUGAUGAAGAGGCGGGUAGGCAACGAAGAUCGGGUGAAUAUGCCGCUCUUCUUUGGUCUGGUUGGACUCUUUAACUUGGUGUUCCUCUGGCCUGUGUUCUUCAUCUUGCAUUUCACGGGGAUGGAACCAGUAAGUCACACCGCAUACCCCUUAUAUCUGUGGACUUUUGAGUGUCUAAUGAAGGUUGUACAGUUCUCGUUCCCUCCCACGGCCAAAAUCUGGGCCAUUGUCAUUGUUAACUCGUUGUCGUCCUUUAUCAGCGACAUGUCAUGGGCGUACGCCAUGCUGCUUACCACCCCGCUGGUCGUGACGGUCGGCCUGUCCCUUACGAUCCCUCUGUCGCUCAUUGGCGAGAUGAUUCAGUACUCACAGUACUCAAGCUGGGUGUAUUGGGUCGGCGCGGCCGUGGUGCUCAUCUCAUUUCUCUUCAUCAACAAUGAGAGCCACGAAGACGAGUCGAGCGACAAGAGCCCCGAGGCAGGAUCCCGGGGCAUCUCGCAAUUAUAAAAAGGAUGUUUCUAUAGACACACAAAGUUGUAUUUCGAGAGCAGAGAGGCGCGCAGGGGGAGGAUUAGACGUGUUGCAUGGGUCACGGCGUUUACUCACAAGACCACGGCGCUUCCAGUGUUUGGAUUCCACCAGGAGCGCUGUUGUUGAGUCUGGGCUGUUUGCUCAG